GUGCGACGGGACUGAAGAAUAUGACAAUCAACGUACCAGCAGUGGUACGAUCUGGUGACACCGUGACGCUUUCCUGCCACUACGACCUGGAGGGGCAUUCAUUGUACACGAUACAAUGGUACCUCAAAGAAGUAGAGUUCUAUCGAUAUUUACCGGAGAGAGACCCGCCGUACAGUACAUUCAACGUCGAUGGAGUACACGUUAAUGUGUCCAAAUCGAAUGCGUACGACGUUACGCUAAUGGAUGUAUCGAGGAAGAUGUCGGGGAUGUACAAAUGCGAAGUGUCGGCCGGGAGCCCGUCCUACCAUACGCAAAUCAGGAGAUCCUUUAUGCAGGUAGUAGGUGAGUAGAAAUCUGAAGUUUAAGGAAAGAGAAAAAGAGAAACAGAGGA